AUGGCGUCGCUAUACAGCCGCGUAGGUCUCAUAAUCUGCAUAGCUAUGAUCAGCAUAGCUCAUGCAGAUGAUGAAAUCGCUUCAAAUAAUUCAACUGUUAUUCACCCUCAAGAAACCCUCAACAACUCGACCAUAUUAACAAUGCAACAAAUUUCAAAAGUAGCCUCAGAUUUCGCCGAAAACGGAGUAAUAGAGAAGCUCAUCAACAACAGUAGUAACAAUAAUAAUGCAUUGGCCUUGUCCGCAUUGAGAAGUUGCAGGGAGCUUCUCUCCCUCGCAAUGGACAACCUCAACAAGUCGCUCUCGACUCCCGUGGACACAGUCGAGGGCCGGGGCAGCGUCAAAUCCCGGCUAUGCGCUACCGGCGUCACUCUCCACACCUGCGUGGACGAAUUCAACGGCGGGCUCAGAGAUCUCGUCUUCCAGAAGCUCAAGGAGGCCAUUUAUCGUAACGCAGAGGUGAACAAAGUCAUGGCAGUAAUACACAGUGAAACUGAUCAUCUCUUAGGGCAAGAUUCCGCCGACGGAUAUCCACGCUGGCUUUCCGACAGCGACAGGGAACUGCUCCUGCGGGGUGCGAAGAGCAGCGCCGAUGCUGUGGUGGCGAAAGAUGGAUCGGGGAAGUACAGCAGAAUCUGGGACGCGAUCCAGGCAGCGCCGAGAUGGAGUAAGAAGAGGUUUGUGAUUUAUGUGAAGAGCGGAAUGUAUCAUGAAAAUGUCAAGGUUGGAGCUGAUAAGUGGAAUGUGAUGAUGAUUGGGGAUGGGAUGGAUAAGACCAUCGUCUACAGCAAUUUGAGCAAUGGUGGUGGACAGUCCACUUGGGAAAGCGCCACCUUUGGUAACUUGUUUCUCAUUCUUUUUGCAUGCUUGUUUUGA